AUGGGAUGGGUGAUUUUCACUGCCGCUGAUUGCACUGCCUUGGCUGGCCUUUGGUCUUAUUGGUUCCUGGGUACCAACCCCGGCGUCUGGGUAGCCUGCACAUUAGGAGUCGUCUUCUUUCUCAACUGCCUUGCGGUCAAAUACUUUUGUGAGGUCGAGUUCAAUGCUUCAAUCUUCAAGAUCUGUCUGAUCUUUGGUUUUCUGCUGUUCACCUUCGUAGUUGUCCUCGGCGGCAACCCCAAACACGACCGCAUCGGAUUCAGAUACUGGAGAGACCCUGGGGCUUUCAACGAGACAUACACAACUGGGACCACAGGCCGAUUCUUAUCCAUCUAG